AUGAGUGAAACACCUUCAACCAACUACUCUGUGAUUCAGCCCCACACUUCAGAGAGCGAACAAUCAUUAUCUGUACGCCCCUUCAAUGUCACUGAACCUAUUACGGCCAAGCGGAUCUGCUUUUACAAGAGUGGAGACCCUCAAUUUAAUGGGGUCAAAAUGGUUGUCAACAGCCGUUCUUUCAAAUCCUUUGAUGCCUUGCUUGACAACUUGUCGAAAAGAGUACCAUUGCCUUUUGGGGUGAGGAAUAUCACUACACCACGAGGGAUACACAGUAUCAAUCAUCUGGAAGACCUUGAAGAUGGGAAGUCAUAUAUUUGUUCCCAACAGAGGAAAAUCAAGCCCAUUAACUUGGAGAUGGCCAGUAAAAAGCCACUUCCGUGGCAAAUCAGCCGGCCCAUCAGUGGUCGCCGUAGGGCUGUACAGUUAGCUAGAGAGAAUGAAGGCGGUGUGUUCCAGCGAGGUGGCGCCCUGAGAAUAAGUACCCCUAAGAAGCUGCUCGUUUUUAGAAACGGCAACGUAAGAAUCCGCCGCACCAUUGUCUUGGGCAAGAAGAACACACAGAACUUUGAGGCCUUACUGGACCACAUCAGUGAGCUAAUGCAGUAUCCAGUUUUGAAAUUAUAUGCUACUGAUGGGAGAAAGGUCCCCAGUCUUCAAGCUUUGAUACUAUGUUCUGGAGCUGUAGUGGCAGCAGGGAGAGAACCCUUUAAAGCAGGGAAUUAUGAUCCUCAUAGGUAUUCCCUGCCAAGUAAACUGCCUGGGGUCUCCAAUCGUGUAUACCCCAGAACAAAUGCCAAGUCAGAGGGCAGAAAAACUAGGAAAUGGAAGGUAACAGUUUUGACGAGUGACCUACCAUCUGCAAGUACCAGCUCACAAGUAUAUAUUACAUUAUAUGGGGAUCAAAGUAACUCAGGAGCUAUCUUUCUAUAUGGAGAGGAGAAAAAAGUGUUUGAGAGAGGAAACACAGAUACCUUUAUAAUUUACACAGAAGACAUAGGAGAUCCCUACAAAAUACGGAUAGGUCACAACAACUCGGGGGAAACCCCUGCCUGGCAUUGCAAAGAGCUGCAAUUGCAGGAUCUUGCAACAGGGGAACAGUUCAGUUUCCCUGUUGAUAGGUGGCUGGCACAAAACCAGGAUGAUGGGGGAAUUUGUCAGGAACUUCCUGUUUUUAAUCAGGGUCAGCCCAUUCUUCCAGUGGCAGUGUAUGAGAUACACGUGGUAACAGGUGAUCUGUGGAAUGCUGGAACAGAAGCUGAUGUCUACAUUGCUAUCUAUGGAGAUAAAGGUGACACAGGAUCCCGGCAGCUCCUUCGGUCAAAGAAACCUAGGAAAUAUAUAAAAGGCCAGACUGAUAUCUUCUCACUUGAAGCUGUGCACCUUGGAAAUUUACAUAAGAUUGUCAUCGGACACAAUGGACUUGGCUCAGGAAAUGGUUGGUUUCUCGAGAAAAUUGUAAUCAAGGAUCCCAUCACUAACUCAGAUUAUAAUUUCAUGUGUCACAGGUGGCUAGAUCAAGGGGAAGAUGAUGGCAAAAUGGUCAGAGAACUGCAUGCCAUUGAUAACCACACCUUUGCAGGCAGACAAGCGCUGGAAACCAAAAGAACAGAAAUGUGGGCAGCAGAAAAGUGGAAAUUUCAAAAAGGCAAUGCACUUCAGUUUUACAACAAGGUGACCCAUGGUUUUAUCCACCUCCGACAAGAUGGAAUGGUUGAUGCCCUUGGCGAUAAGAAAGACAAAUAUGGUCUUUUUGAUGUGACUAUUAAGAAAGGAAACACGUGUGUGCUUAAAUGCCAUCCGAUGCCACAUCUCGCCCUUGCUCUUGCAAAUGGCUCGGUCACUGGAACGAACUGUGGCAAUAUCCACUGUGAGUUGCGGGUUCAUGUUCAACCGAAUCGCUGCACAAUUCUGGAAUCUGCCCAGAACCCUGGUCAAACAGUUACUUUCAAUCUCCAAGGCACAGUAGCCAAUGAUGCCACAGGAUAUGCAGGACUAACAAAGGAGUUCGUUGUUCAUGUUAAGGGAGUGUUCCACAACAGUGCUAUAAUUUUGCUCACUACUAGCUACUGUCAAUCGUUCUGCCUGAAGCCUGAUGGGAGCUGCAGUGGAGCAGGAAAUCAAUCCGACGACUCUUACUGGAGAGUACAUAAAAUCAGCUCUGGGGUUUGCAUGUUUGAAAGUGUAAAACACCCCAGAAUGUACCUGACGAUCAAGAAUGGCCAGUGUAAUGGAACAGGCACAGGUGAUGUGGACUGUCAUUUUAAAGUGGAGAAGAAUUUGGAAAGCGGAUCUGUAAGCCUGGAAUCUGUACGAAACCGAGGGAUAUAUGUUGGCCUCUUGCCUAAUGGUCAGGCCAAGCCAGUUGUUCAUACUGGAGAAAGCAACGUUUUGUUUUAUCCACAAGUAGUGAAAUUUGGCAGAGAAAAGCCUAUGGGAACAUCUGCAACUCCUACCCAGCAGAAAGAAGUAAUCAGAGAAUUUAAACAGCAACAAGUAGGAAUCCAGAAUCUAGGUACCUACAGACAACCAAAUUCCCCUCUCUCAGAUGAUAAAUGGAAAGUGUCAGUACUGACAGGAGACUCAGGAACCCAAGCAAAUGUCACCCUCUGGAUAUAUGGAGACAAAGGGAUUGCUGGACCAAUAACUCUUGGCAAGGACAACAGAGAACAGCUGUUUCUACCCAGGACAGAAGAUGCAUUUCAGGUUGAAAUCGAUCAUAUCGGAAACAUCUACAAAAUAAGAAUAGGUCACGAUGGAACAAGCAAACUACCAGAAUGGAUGUUGGAAAAGGUGACUUUACAACACCUGAAGAGUGGCAAAAUUCUGAAUUUUCCAGCAAAUAAAUGGCUGUCAAGGAGUCGAGGGAAUGGAGAUACCCUGUGCGAACUUCCAGUAGUGAAAAAAGGAAGAAUCCUGUAUCCAACUGUGAAUUAUCAAGUUUCUGUGUACACGGGGCAUUUGGAGCAAGCUGAAACAGAUGCUUCAGUUUAUUUAUGUAUAUAUGGAGAAAGAGGAGAUUCCGGUCUAAGACUUCUUCACAAAUCUGACAAGCCGAUAACAUUUCAGAGAGGGAUGGCUGAUCUGUUUGAAAUACAAGCCGUGUCGCUUGGAAACCUACAGAAGGUGUUGUUGAGCUGCAAGGCCUAUAAUAUGUCACAGUAUUGGUACUGUGAGAAAAUAAUCAUCAGAGAACCUGAGAAAAACUCAGAAUAUAUUUUCAUCUGUGAGAGAUGGUUGCCAUUUAUGUCCCAAGGCAUAAUUCAUUCUGAAAUAGAGCUCUUGCUUCAAGAAAUGCAAAUAAAUCAUCAGCUGAAAAUGCAAGAGGAAGAAAAUGGAGAAGAUUGGAAAAUCACUGUAGUCACUGGAGCUUUUGAAACAGCUGGCACAACAGCAACCGUGUCCCUUUAUGUUUACGGAGAAAACAAGGCUUCAGGUCCUCUUAUACUGGGAUCUGGGAAGCACCAGCUGUUUAAUCCCAACAGCACCGAUACGUUCAAGAUUAAUCUAAAAAAUGUUGGAGAGCUGUAUAAAAUCCGGAUUGGCCAUGACAACACUGGACCAGAACCUAGUUGGUACAUUAAUGAAAUUAGACUUCAAAGAAUGAACUUCCCAUCAGAGCAACAAAUAUGUUUUCCUGUUGGCUGCUGGCUAUCUGAAGACCGAGAUGAUGGAGAUACCUGGAGAGAAAUAGCAAUAAGUAGACCCCAAAAAGCACUUCUGCCAUUGGUGAUCUACGAGAUCAGUGUAUACACUGGGUCAAACCUUGGUGCAGAAACAAAUUCUAAUGUGUACAUCACCCUUUUUGGAAACAGAGGGGAUUCUGGAAAACGGAAACUUCAGAAGUCAAGAACUAAUAAUGUCAAAUUUCAGCGUGAUCAGACUGAUGUGUUCUUCAUGACAGCUGUAUCACUUGGUGUUCUGAAUAAAAUUCUCAUUAGCCAUGAUGGAACUGGUCCAGGAAGCGGAUGGUUUCUUGAAAAGAUUGUUAUCACAUUUCAAGAGGAAGAAGAAGAUGGAGAAGAAGUUGUAUUUCCCUGUAAUAGAUGGCUAGAUGAGUACCAAGAUGAUGGGAAGACAGAGAGAGAGCUAAUUGCCAGAAAAAAUAGUAAUGCUUCAACAACAACUACUGGAGGACAAUGGAGAGUGCUGGUUAAGACUGCUGAAGAUUCCCCAGAGCCUCGGGAGGAUAAGAGAAUCCUUGUGAUUUAUGGCUCAAAGGGCAAAAGUGAUGAUCUCCUUCUUUCUUCACAAAGCCUGGGAUACGUGUGCUUUCAACCAGGAGCUACGGAUGAAUUCCUUAUUGAAUCCAGAGAUGUUGGAGAUGUGUAUAAGAUUCGGGUCAGCUGUGAUGAUAUGCCAGACUUUGAGGGCUGGCAUUUGAAGUCUUUUGAGAUGCAGGAGCUACACACUAAUCAAGAUGUGAACUUUGACUGUAGCUGCUGGUUCUCUCUUAGCCGAGAACACCGAGAGCUGGUGAAAGAAUUCCCUGCAGUGAAUGAAAACCAGAAAACUUUACCAGUGCAUAAAUAUAUCAUCUCUGUACACACUGGAGAUCUCUGGGGAGCUGAAACCUUUGCAAACCUUUAUAUAACAGUUUAUGGUGAAAGAGGAGACACAGGUGUGAGGAAACUGCAGCACUCUAUCAUUUCAGGAGAAACAUUUCAAAAGAACAAGGUGGAUUCCUUUUUGAUGGAGGCUGUUUCAUUGAGCCAUUUGAAAAAGAUAGCUGUAGGACAUGAUGGAGAAGGCUUUGGAGCUGGAAUAUACUUAAAAAUGAUCACCGUUAAGAAGUCAGAAAACUCAGAUAAAGAAUGGAUCUUCCUAUGCUGGAACUGGCUGGAUACUCACCUGGGAAUCUGUGACACCGUCUGUGAAAUUGAAACAAUAGGUAAAAAAAUUACCUCUUGUUCAAAACAUCCUCAAAUCAACAAAAACUCUUCACGUUUAUGGAUAAUGGAUAUUAUUGGGUCUGACAUCAGUGCUGAAAUUGAUCCUAUACACCUUACUUUCAACUUUUAUGGAGAACAAGAUCGCAAAGAGUUGCCACUUCAGCUCUCAGGAAAGGAAACACAAAUCAAAGAUGAGCUGACAAAUAUUGGAUCCCUUUACAAGGUUCAGGUAUCUGGUGUACAUUCUCAGCUAAAAGAACCCUGGCGUUUGGCCAUGUUGCAUAUGAAGCAUACAGGCACCAACCAAGAGAUGUGGCUAAAUUUUGACUGUUGGUUCAAACCCAAUGAAGAGAAAUGUGUUGAACUGCCAGCAAUCUGUUCCAAGCAGGAUCCUUUGCCUGUUGUGGAAUAUUCUGUCCAUGUGCAUACCGGAGACAAAAAGAAAGCAGAUGCCAGUGGAGAUGUUUAUCUUUGGAUUCAAGGGGACAGGAGUGACUCUGGGAAACGAUGGCUUAAUAAUUUUAAAAGAGGCCCAAUCACUUUUGGCAGAGGAGAGGUGGAUGUUUUCAAAGUCAGAGCAGUACAUCUGGGGAAGCUGAACCAAAUCCUUGUAGGAUUUAAAAGUUUGAACAAAGAUGACUGGUUCCUAGAAAAGAUUGUAAUAAAAGAAGGAAGCUAUCCUUUCACUACAUAUACCUUUGUUCACAAUAACUGGAUCACUAAACAUUCAGAUAAAGAUUUUACAGAACUUGCAGUUCCACUGCAAGAAAUGACUGCAACAUUUGGCCCAGUUAAAGUUUUUGAUUCUAGAAGCCAAGGACAAUGGAAAAUGUGGCUAGCUUGCACCCAUGUUCCAGAAGAAAUGCCUGAUAUAAAAGUGUUGGUAUACGGAACCAAUGGGACAUCCCUUGCACAGAGAGUUCAGGAUUUUAAAAAUGAACCAUUUCUGUUGAGUGUUGGCGAUAUUGGCAACAUAAUAAAGGUUUCCUUUCUGUCAUCCAGCCUAAGUUUGAAUAAAGGACUUAAACUUCACAAGCUCCGGAUGAAAGACUUGGACACUAAAGAAGAACUGGGCUUUCACCCUUUAAACCAAUGGCUCAUUGAAGAAGAUGGGUCAGAGACUGUGACAGAGCUGGCGGCGGUCAGACCAGUUGAAGCACCACUUCAGGAGGUUACUUACUCAAUCAGUGUCCACACAGGAACGUUACCGGCAUCGGAAACUGAUGCAGACAUCUGCAUUACAAUUUUCGGAGAGAAUGGAGACACUUCCAAGAGAAGAUUUAGGCAUUCAAAAUCAUGUGCACAUUUUGAAAAGGGCCAGGUGAGUACCUUCAGUGUGCACGCAAUAGAUUUAGGACUAUUAAACAAAGUGCUUGUGGAACACAAUAAAUCUGGUUAUGGAGCUGGUUGGUACCUUGACCAAGUCACAGUACAAGAAUUAGAGAAGAGUGAUGGCCAAUAUAUAUUCUUAUGCCAGCAAUGGUUGGACAGUGGAGUUGGUGAUGGGAAAAUGAAGCGAGAGCUACAACUUCUUGGAAAAGCCAGGAAAGAGAAAAUGCCAGAAAAUGUUCAUGGGACUUGGGAUGUUAUUGUUACACCUAGGGGUAACAAUACAAGCAAUGCUAUGAACCCAACAUUAACUCUGACGGUUUGUGAUGACAAAGGCGCAUCUGCUUCAGUCUUCAUAUCCAAGGGAUCAUUUAAGAGGGCUGAGGCUUAUCAGGCAUCACUGGAGCUAGAUAAGAAGUUUCAUACGAUGUGCAAAGUUCGCUUGGAAGUACAAGACACAGAUGGGGAAAUGUGGUGUUGCUAUGAGGUGAAGCUUCAGCAUAGAAAAAGUAAAGAAAUUCUAGAAUUCCCAUGUCUGCGGGAUUUUUCAGAUGCUGAAGGAUGCACGGUGGCUGAACUUCCUGUACUCACAGCUGGCAGCCAAUUUUUAGCAGUUAAACAGUAUGUUCUGUACAUCUCAACGGGCUCCUCCCCAGAGUCGGGAACGGACUCAGAUGUGUAUGUCACUUUGAAAGGAUCAAUAGGAGACACUGGCAGGAGGAAAUUACCUAGGAAUGGGGAGGACAUUUUUGCCAGGGGGAAGGUGGAUGUUUUUCAAGUAGAAGCAGUAGAUAUUGGGACUCUGCAUGAGCUUCUUGUUGAAAAAGGAAAAGGCUCCGACUGGCACCUUGAGAAGAUUAUUGUGAAAGAGCCAAAGUUUGCAGGCAAAGAGACCCUGUUUAUGGCUCAAACAUGUCUAAGGGACAGAACUGAAAGGAAACAAUGUGUCUCAGUAAUUCUGAAUGUUACAGAAUUACAGGAAAGGAGAAGUGCAGUUGACUCACUGUUACAAAGGCAACAAAUGAAAUCAGAAGGUUCGUGGAAGAUUUGUUUCACUAAAUGUCAUGAAGACUCAUCAAAAGAAUUUAAGGCAUCCUGGGAAAACAUUUCCAAAUUGAUUAUGGUGUUUUAUGGAAACAAUGGCAAAUCUGAACCAAUUUCCUUGAAGAACAAAAUAGGAAAUCAAGCUGAGGACAAUAUGACAUAUGAUAUACAUUUCCCAUCUGAUCUGGGAAUGCUCUAUAAAGUGAAUCUUGGGGUUCAUCACUUGGGAGAAAGCAUAUGCCAGUUGUUUCAUCACUGUAAAAUGCAGAACACAGUAACCCUGGAUACCUUCAGUCUGUCUAUAAAUAAAACACUUCCUCUUCUUAAUGGAGACCGAUGGCUUGAGCUCCCUGUAGAGUGGCCAUUAAGGGAAGCACUUUCAGUGCUUAGAUACGACGUAAAAGUGUUUUCCAAUGAUACUUUGAGCAAAAUAAACUUGGUACAUAUGACUCUGUGUGUAUAUGGAACCAAUGGAAUGACAGAAGACAGAACACUUCUGUUGUCAUUGCCUUCUAUGACCCAGCAAGAUGAUGAGGUAAUUUCAUUUACAGGUCAGAUAGAUGCUGUGGAUCUGGGAGAACUGCACAAAGUUACAUUUCUCAUUGGAAGCAAGUCAUCCUGCAAACUGGGAAUUAAAGCAUUGCACCUGAAGGAAGCUUCAAAGCAAGAACCUGUCUAUAUAUUUGAAGUGAAUGAAACAUUCCUUUUGGAUGCCAAAGAACCUGAAAUACGGAGAGAAAUCUCUUUGAUUAGCAAAGAAGAUAGUGGACUGGAAAAUCUGAGAGAAUAUAUUAUUAAAGUGUACACAGGUGAUAAGAGAGGAGCAGGAACUGAUGCCAAUGUCCAUGCCAUUUUGUUUGGAAACAAGGAUACAUCUCAGUUAAUUCCACUCAAUAAAUCACUGGAUCAUCGAGAUCCCUUUGAAAGAGGAAAGACUGACACAUUCAGAGUUAAGACGAACAAUGUUGGAAGGCUACAGAAAAUUGAAAUUGGACAUGAUGGGAAAGGAUUUGGUGACGGCUGGUUUUUGGAAAAAGUAGAAAUCACAGAUAUGUCUACAAAUGAACUGCUCUGCUUCAGUUGCAACCGGUGGCUGGCUAAAGAUGAAAAUGAUGGACACACAGUAGUGCAGCUUUACGUGUAA